CGUCGAACUUGGAAAUUCAGCCAGAAAGCACCCCGAAGGUCGAGGAUGAGAAUUUAGUUUUCAGUGAACCAAAACGAGUCGUGGCUUUAACAUUAUCGCCUUCGCUGGUUAUUUUUAUUGCUGCUGAUUAAUGAGUAACUUCCUGAACCUAAGGGAAAGGGUGUGGAGAUCUUAUAGAGUAAUAAAGAGACACUGGGUGUUCGACCAGCUCUCUCAUGAAGCGAGACUAAUUACAGAAACACUUACUUGACCUUUAGGAGGAGAACACCGUGCAGAUGAGAACUUGAUCAGCAGGGGAACUCUUUUAGCUGUCAUGAACUCCAUGAGAAGGCUGCUUUUUCUCACCUGUUUGCUCAUUGUAGUGUCAGCGUGUCCUCUGGUUUCAGCUGCUUCUGUCAGCAGCAGCCUGUGGGGGAAGACGCUGCAGUUUACCAGCUCUCCAUGUUUGUGGCAGCUCCAUCCACGGGUGCAUGUACCAGCCCUAAGAGAGCUGACUGUUUGCAUGAGAUUAAAACGCUCUCAUGCAACAAAAUGGACUGGUUUUGACUACAAAGGUCCACAAGGACAACAGUCAGAGCUGGGGCUUGGAGGCGUCUCAAAGCUGACAGUGUGGCUGUUUGGGAAACGGCAUGAAACUGACAAAGAAGUGACCCUGAAUGAGUGGCACUCUAUCUGCCUCACCUGGUCUGGUAGCGCUCAGAGGCUGAAGGUGUACAUCAAUGGGACCCUUCUGCAGGAGUAUCCAGGAUCAGGGGGGCGCACGCAGCUGUCCCCCAAGGGCACGCUGACUCUGGGGGUGGGUCAUUUUGUUUCUCAUACUGAAGUGAAGCCUGAGACUGGGAGUAACCUGCUUGGUGAGAUCGGUCUGUUCAGGAUGUGGAGCAGAGAGUGGAGGUCCGAGGAGCUGAGCGGGCUGAGCUGUGCAGACGGAGACGUGAUGAGCUGGGAUCUGCAGCAGUGGAAACACAACUGCCUUCCUCCCUCUGACAACCAUCUGCUCUGCGAAUGGUCAUCCUAUAAAAUUAAAAUGUGGGCAUUCAUUCGAGAUGCAUCAAACUCUGGGAGCUGCUUAGCCACCAGUGAAGUGGAGAACUUCAUGAGGAAAUGGCUGGAAAACAUUUUUCCUACAAAUAUUUCUGUCCAAGAUGUUUCCGUCUCUUCUCCAAGGCCAAACUGUCCUGCGACUGAAGAUCCUGCCGCUCUAAACGAGCAACAACCUCAGGAUUUGGAGCAAUUGUCAAAGUUAACUUGUGACAAAUGUUUCAGCUGUGAGGUUCAUGUGAACGUGGAUCCUGCUGCUGAUGUAAAUCUGGUUCAGACCAAAGUUACAGCUUUACUGACUUCAAACUUCUCUCACGGCUUCCCCACAAUCACAACGGUCGCUGGCAGCAUCGUGGUGCUUCCUGUUGAGGUAUUCCCUGCUGCAUCACAAGCUCCAGCAACCAUCAGUACACAUUUAUUUUCAUCUGAAAUGAGUUCAACUCAAAGUGUGCCCUUUAGACCAGCUAACUUGUCAACCACUGGGGAACCUGUAGAGCCCACUGCAGCCACUGUCACUGCAGAUCGUUUUUUUCGAGUUAACGCCAUUAUAAGUAUGUCAGAGAAACCACCAAAACCAAAUGAUGUCAUAGCAAGAUGGUUAAAAGAGCAGCUUGAAGUGAAUAAAACUAUGGACGUCUUGAAUCUCGUCAUAAAAGAGAAUGCUGACAGGAGCGUGGGUUACUACAGUAGAUUUAUGACAUUCUACAGUCAACAGAAGCAAUAUAACUGCACCUUUCAUGUGAAAGAAUUCUGCUUGAGCUGCGCUGAAGGAGCUGAAUCACUUAUUCUUGCUGCCUUGACAGAAAAAUUUGACAAUGGCUCAUUUAUCAUUCAAACCGUGAAAGUGACAAUCAAACCCAUAGAGCCACAAAACUGCUUAGAAGAUGACACAUCAACAAUCUAUGGACGAUACAUUUGGCCAGAAACAUUUCCAGAAGAAACCCAAGAAAUGGGAUGCAAGAAGCCAGUGUCAAACAGAGCCUACAGACAUUGUAAAUUAGACAUAGAAACAGACACGACCAGCUGGGCCGAUCCUAAUAUGACGAAAUGCGAGCAGCUUCUAACAAUAUCAGACCUCAACAACAUCACUGUCACACCUGGUAACGCAGCAGAGGUUGUGGACAUGAUUCAGGACCUUGUAGAAGUUCAGUUAGGGGACAGUUCCCAGCUGUCUUCCUCUGAACUGGGAUCAGUCGUGGAGAAGCUCAGCGAGGUCCUUGAUGUGAGCACCAUUGAGCCUGACGUUGGAGGUGACAUUGUAAACAUUGUCGCCAACAUCCUGCUGUCUGAAACUGAUGUCACACCUGUAGCUAGCACUGUUCUUGAUCUGACCGACCGGAUGGGAAACAGUAUGGAAUUCCAGGGCGAAUCCACAGAUAUUAAAGCUCCAGCUCUCGCCCUUUCCAUGAUUAAUGUAGAUCGAGAUGAGUUCAGUGGACUAACUUUUGCCGUGUCUCUGUCACCAAACAUGGACCCUGAGAUUUUUGUAAACCAGAGUUUUGUCAGCAAACCGCUCCCACAGACAGACGCUACCAUCUCUCUGCCCUUUGAAGUCAACAACUUUUUCCCCCCUGGAGUCCGAAACACCACGCGAGUUCAGUUUCAGUUUUAUGGAACACCAGAUCUUUUUCAGGACCCGCUAUUAGCCAAUGUAACACAGAGAAACUGGACAUUAAACUCAUUUGUAGUAUCUGCCAGCAUCAACAACAGCCAAGUCAUCAACUUGGUGAAACCGGUGGUGGUGACCCUCAGCCAUCAGACACCCAAAAAGCUACAACAGAAAGUACAGUGCAUGUUUUGGGAUUUCCAGAAGUACGGCGGACUCGGUGGUUGGAACAGCAGUGGCUGUGAAACUCGGAGCGUUUCCUCUCAUCAGACCAGCUGUCUCUGUGAUCAUCUCACACAUUUUGCUGUCCUCCUGGAUGUAUCCAGGAGCCCUGUCAGUGGACCUGAUAGUGAGAUCCUAACCGUGAUCUCCUAUGUUGGCUGUGGAAUAUCCUCUGUUUUUCUGGGCAUCACUUUACUCACCUACAUUUUUUUUGAGAAGCUGCGUCAGGACUAUCCAUCUAAGAUACUCAUGAAUCUGUCAGUAGCUCUGCUGGGCUUGAGCAUGCUCUUCCUUCUCGACUCCUGGCUGUCGUCUUUCAACAACUACGGCUUGUGCAUCACAACAGCUGCUGCGCUGCACUAUUUCAUGCUAGCCUCCUUCACCUGGAUGGGCCUGGAGGCUGUGCACAUGUACUUUGCGCUGGUCAAGGUGUUCAACACCUACAUACCCUCCUACAUCCUCAAGUUCUGUGCUGUUGGAUGGGGUAUUCCUUUGGUGACAGUGAGCAUGGUUCUGGCUGUUGAUAAAGAUGCUUACGGCAGCUUGAUACCUAAAGAAACUGCAGUGGCGCUUCAGUCCGCUGAACCCUUCUGCUGGCUGCAGGAUGACGUUUUCUUCUUUAUGACGGUGGCAUUUGUUCUACUCAUCUUGUUGGGCAACGUGAUUGUGUUCAUUGUGGUUCUGAUUCAGAUCAAACAAAUGAGAGCCAAUAAACUGUCAGCAAACAGCCGCAGCUCUCUGCAGGACUUGAAAGCAGUCGUUGGUCUCACUGUCCUGUUGGGCCUGACGUGGUCGAUGGGCUUUUUUUCCUUUGGCCCUGGCCGGGUGGCCAUGAUGUAUUUGUUCUCAAUCUGCAAUUCUUUACAAGGCUUCUUCGUGUUUCUUUUCCACUGUUUAAUGAAGGAAAAUGUGAGAAAACAAUGGAGGAUCAAUCUGUGCUGUGGACGUUUCAGUGAUAACUCAGAUUGGAGCCGCUCUGUGACUGUAUGUGGCCGCUCUGACAAGGGCAAUCUGAUCAACUCUGAUUCAGUUACCUCAGAGAACACGUCCUCUCUCAGAUCACUCACGCCACCCCACAGCAGGACCACCAGGGGGCAGGAAUGAGCCUCUGGAGGAGCAGAGCUACACAGUCCUACAAGGUUCAAUGACCUGAUGUCUUUCAUUUUCUGAGAUGAGCUGGGAGACGUGAAUUAAAUCAGAUAUCUGAAGAGUUGCACAGGUUACUACUUCGACUCCUCCUCUUUAACCCAAAGUCAGCUGUGCUUAAAGUCGGAUUGGUCUAAACCUAUCUCCUCUGUGAUGUCUUUUAGAAGGGUAACCCCAAAAUAAUUGUCUAAAUGUCUUAAAUUUACUGUUCACUUUAUAGGUCUUUUUUGGCACUGAAGGUUUAGUUUUAUUAUUUUGUAGAAACAGAAGCGUUGCAAAUUGAAAUUAGAGGACAGCUGUGAGAGCUAUUUUUAAAAUAUUUAAUAUUUUAAUUAAAUUAAGCUUUGUUGUACAAACUUUUCAUCAAAGUUUUUGAUUAAAAAAGAAGAUUUGAGUUUAUACAUAAAAUACUUUUAGAGUACAAUCUGUUGGCUCUAGAAUAAAAAGUAAGCCUGUAUGUGGAAACAUUGUUCUUCUAGGGAAAGAUUUUAUUCCUUCAAAUAUUUACUUUAAAAAGGUUAAAAUACAGAACAGAUUAUAUGAAGAACUUGGACGUUCUUGGAUUAAAUGCAGACUUUCUUGAAAAAUGUGAUUUUUAUUUUCUGUUAAUGAUUGUGUGUUCAAACAGUGUUGUUUUGCCUCGUCUACAAUAAACCAAAAAGCUUGGUUUCA